AGUUCAUGCCUUCACAAUUUCCAGGUAGAGCGAGAUGGAUGUAUUAAAGAAGAUCUGUUGCUGUGAUGGUGAAGAUGAUGGUGGUGCUCCUUACGAAAGAUUCUAUGAUGAUUCAGCUGUCACACCUGUCCGAGGCCAUGAUUUAAAUAGUCGUGGAGUAGACCAGACUGAUAGUGCAGGAAGAGAUGCAUCUCAAAAACAUCACAAAACUAAAGAGGAACAAGAGGAAGAAGCUUUGAAUAGGAUUUUGGAAAACACACAGCAUAACAUCAUCGACGUCUCUCACCUAGACGGGAUCACUUUGAAUACAUCAGAAUAUCUCGCACGCGCUCUUCAGUAUGAAGAGGCCAUUCGUACGCACGACCACAACGUAUCACGAGGAUUAAAUGGAGCCCCUCGCAGUCCGAGUCGUCACAACAAACGACUUCUUGAAGACUGCGGCAAUAAACCGACGUACACGAGGCUGUCAACCAAGGCAUACAGGUGCAACACAAGACUGAUCUGGUGGUUUACAUGGAUAUGUGAGGUCUGCUGUGACUUUUCUGGAGAACCGAAUCAAACUACUUUUUGUCGCACAGGGGCAGUCGGCCGUUUUGCACGAUACAUCACCUAUUUCGCGUGGUCUACCAAUUUGUCGCGUUCGUAA